GGGCACGCUUGUCGAGCUCUCGAACUCGUGUUCUGAUUGGCUCCUGUCAGGUGUCGGCUCCCGUCCGUGAUUUCCGGUUCCGGUGAGCGUAUCGGUGGUUUGUUCGGCGGCGGUGGCGAUGCGGCGGGUGACGUUGUUCGUUAACGGGAACCAUCGACACGGCAAGGUUGUUGCUGUGUACGGCGCUCUGUCUGACCUGCUGUCUGUUGCCAGUAGCAAGCUGAGUAUUAAGGCAGCCCACCUCUACAACGGGAAGGGUGGUCUCAUAGACGAUAUUGCACUGAUCAGAGAUGACGAUGUAUUGUAUGUGUCUGAAGGGGAGCCAUUUAUAGACCCUGAGGCAGACAGGAAGGACGUUGAUGACCAAUCUGUGAUGUGUACUGACUGGAUAACACUAAACGUCGGCGGCCAGUACUUCACCACGACGCGGAGCACCCUAGUGAACAAGGAGCCGGAGAGUAUGCUUGCACACAUGUUCCGGGACAAAAUAGGUGCGUGGGGUAACAAGAAAGAUCAUCAGGGAGGCUUCCUCAUUGAUCGUAGCCCGGAGUACUUCAUGCCCAUCCUAAACUACCUGCGCCAUGGACAACUCAUUGUGAACAAAGGCCUCAACUUACUAGGAGUACUUGAGGAGGCAAAAUUCUUUGGCAUAGACUCUCUAAUUGAACAGUUGGAGCAACUAAUUAAGAACUCGCUACCGGCUGAAGACCAUUCUCCCAUUUCCCGGAAGGAGUUUGUCCGGUUUCUGUUAGCCACGCCAACAAAAUCAGAGCUUCGAUGUCAGCAGGGUCUGAAUUUCAGAGGGACAGACUUAUCCCGACUAGAUCUUCGGUACAUCAACUUUAAGAUGGCUAACCUCAGUAACUGUAACCUCAGCCACGCAAACCUCUGCAGUUCGAACCUGGAGCGAGCAGACCUGUCGGGCGCCAUCCUAGAUGGUGCCAAUCUCCAAGGGGUGAAAAUGCUGUGCUCCAAUGCGGAGGGGGCAUCGCUGAGAGGGUGCAACUUUGAGGAUCCUUCAGGUCUCAAGGCUAAUUUGGAAGGUGCAAACCUGAAAGGAGUAGACAUGGAAGGAAGCCAAAUGACUGGGAUUAACCUGAGAGUGGCCACCCUGAAGAAUGCCAAGCUGAAGAACUGCAACCUUCGAGGGGCCACGCUAGCAGGAACAGACCUGGAGAAUUGCGAUCUCUCUGGCUGCGACCUGCAGGAGGCCAACCUACGAGGGUCCAACGUGAAGGGAGCCAUUUUCGAAGAGAUGCUGACACCUUUACACAUGUCCCAGAGUGUGAGAUAAGAGGAGAAGCGGGGAGCGAGGUACCUCCCCCAGACAAGAGUGCAGAUCACCUCCGGUGCAGUGUUUAGCAAACUGAUUCGGAAUCUAUUUAAAUGCCGAAGUAUUGCUUUUACCCGCCACCUUUCCCUCAAGAGGUGACCCCUUUCUGCCAUUGCAUCGCACACCUGGGAACCAAGUUACUUUUGUUUUGAGUUUAACCAGUAGAGCUUCCAUACUGGUUUGUGGAGCAGAUUUUUAAAAUGUUUACACACACACGCACACGCACACAUGCACGCACGCACCCACACACACACACACACACACACAGGGCAGGGGGGUCAAGUUAGAAGUUCGUAUGCUGUCAGUUUGUUAAGCAUGGGACCCAAGGGCGAGAUACAUACAUGUUUGAGCCUGCUUCUACCUUAUUCUCUGUAAUACACACACGAAUGGUACUUGCAGAAUAAGGGAGAGUAGCAGGAACGUGCAGGGAUGACCCAGCACUUUCCCAUCUGGCUCCCAUCACACCACAUCACCGAUGUAAGGUAGGAGAUAUUUUGCACAGUCUGCAUGCUGCAGGAACACAGUGUCAGAAAAUUAGUUGAACUCCAGUGUGGAUCAUAUCAAGAAGUUCUCCUCUAGCAGCUUUGCUUUCUGCAUACAGUGGUAUGAACCUCUGUAAUAUGUAGAUAAGAAUAUAUUUCAAUCAGUGUUAACGAGGUAUCGUGGUCCAGUUCUAGCCCCAUUGCUGCUCGUUUUUGUUUUGGGUGCAAACACUCGGCCACUAUACCUCCUGUAUCUAUUAAAGUGGCCACUGAGUGUGUGUUUGUGGUCUGCUGCUGUAGCCCAUCAACGUGUUGUGUGUUCAGAGAUACUCUUCUGCACACCCCUGUUGUAACGUGUGGUUAUUUGAGUUACUGUCGCCUUCCUGUCAGCUUGAACCAGUCUGGCCUCUCUCAUUAACAAUCUUCUUUUGUCCCUAGAACUUCUGCUCACUGGAUGUUUCUUUGCUUUUCACACCAUUCUCUGUAACCUCUAGACAAACCAUCUCGUCAGGCACCAAUAUGCUCAAAGUCACUUAGAUCUGAUGUUUGGUCUGAACACUCUUGACCAUGUCUGCAUGCUUUUAUGCAUUGAGUUGCUGCCACAUGAUUGGCUGUUUAGUUUUUUGCAUUAACAAACAGGUGUGCAGGUGUACCCAAUGAAAUGGCCACUUGAGUGUACAACUUUAGAGAACCCGGAACGGCCCUUUGGCCCACAGUGUUGUACUGAACAAAUUAAAUUAAUAAUCGAAUAGCCAACUAAACCAAUCCCUCUGGAUGUCCAUAUCCUUUCACAUUUACAUGCCUAUCUAUAGGUCUCUUAAAAGUCCCACAUGUAUCUGCCUGCUACCAAUCCAGGCAUUCCAGACACCCACCAUUCAUUCUCUGUGUUCAAAAAAAAACUUAACCCCUCUCACCUUAAAUGCAUUCUCUCUGGUUUUAGGCAUUUCAACUCUGGAAAAAGACACUGUCUGUCUUCCUUGUCUAUGCCUGUCAUAAUCUUAUAAACCCAUCUCAGAUCUCCUUUCAGCUUGUGUGUUUUCUAUACAAGGCAAUGGGUUCACCAGUGGGCAAUCCACUGAGCUGAGGCUGGCUUUUUCUGUUCCUGGCUCUGAAGGCAGCGGCCUGUUGGCUGAGAAUCGGGCUGGAGUUGUACGGUCUAGGGCUACUACCGUAAACACCUUCGUGUUCCUCCUCAACCCAACGAGAACAGUUUAAAUACCGGUAUUUAUAUAGCACCUUAUUCCUCAAAGUGUUGUUUAAACUGACAGUGAAGACUUCGAUUUGAGGUGACCUUUGGAGACUCUAUGAAGGUGGUUGUGUUUGAGUUUUGUCCUGUGUUGUGUACAGGAAAACUCAGUAGGUCAUGCAUUAUUUAUGUUCCAGCUCUGUGAAAGUGAGAUCCCACAAGCAGCAAGCAGUGCUCACCUACUUUGCCAUAAACUCUAAUAAGAAGGGCCACAGGAUGGGGUGAUGCAUUUACAACAUAGUGGCUGUGAAAGUUAACCCUUCCAUGAAUUACCGGCCGAUCCCCUCACCUCCCAGGCUGGUUGCUCCGGGCGUAGCUUGGCAAGGCAGCACUCUGCGCAUUGAGGUAAGCCGGCCUUCGUGGAGCUCCGCGCACAAAGCAUCGAGCUGGUCCCGUUUGCUCAAUGCCUUUGUGAACUUUUGGCACACACGGCUACUGUUCCAGCCAUGAUCGUCCGCAAAGCUCCACUAAAGCAUCAACACCAUCCUGUAGAGCAGGGAGUUCCCAGCCCGGGGUCCUCAGAAGUCUCUUGGGUCCAAGGUUGGGAACCCCUGCUGUAGAGAGAGGGAGAGGAAGGUGAACAAUAGUCACUCACAACACUAAGAAGGAACACAACCUUACUGUUGCUGUUCUGAACUUCUCCCCAUUCAGUUUCAAUUAACCAAUUCAUUGUUCAUUAAAGAAUCUGUUGGGAUCCUGAACCAUUGUUAUUCUUCAUUAUUUGUUUUAAUGUACUUGUUUGUUUAGGCAAAUAUUUCAAAGACAGCUUAAUUUAUAUUAAAAUAAUGUUACU